AUGAUGAACGUUUUCUACAAAAAAAAAAUCCUUCAAAUCAUCCGUUAUCUCAAAACCCUUCGGCCGGCCCCUGCGGCCAUCCUCCUGCAAGAGCACCACCUCAGCUACAACGCGUCGCGCGAAGGCUUCAAGAGUGCUUGGCCGGGGGCUUGUAUUCGUUUCACUCCUCAUGUCCUUACCCUCAUACCCGAUGGCUCACCUUUGGCGGGCCAUCUCCUUUCCUCUACCCCGGUCGUCUUUGCAGGAGCUCCUCGUUUCGACGGUCGGAUUCUGUGA